AUGGCAAGUGCUAGUACUUCAAGAUACGAUGCCAACAAAGUUUGCUGUUCUUCUCAUCCGGACGCGCCCUUAAUCGAAGACUACAGAGCAGGCGACCAGAUUUGUUCAGAGUGUGGCUUAGUAGUUGGCGACCGAGUUAUCGAUGUCGGUUCAGAAUGGAGAACCUUUAGCAACGAAAAAAACGGCGUCGAUCCCUCUCGUGUCGGUGGUCCAGAAAAUCCUCUACUGGGAGGCUCAGAUUUGACUACUAUGAUUGGCCCCGGUAGGGGUGAUGCAAGUUAUGACUCGUUUGGUGUGGCCAGAUACCAAAAUCGACGCACAAUGAACAGUUCAGACCGGGCUCUUAUAAAUGCCUUCAAAGAAAUCAAUGCUAUGGCUGACAGGAUUAAUUUACCAAGGACCAUUGUGGACAGAGCGAAUAACUUGUUUAAACAAGUCCAUGAUGGGCGUAAUCUAAAAGGACGCUCAAAUGAUGCUAUUGCUUCAGCUUGCCUUUACAUAGCUUGUAGGCAAGAAGGUGUGCCACGUACUUUCAAAGAAAUUUGUGCAGUUUCCAAAAUUAGCAAACGUGAAAUUGGCAGGUGCUUCAAGCUGAUUCUAAAGGCAUUAGAAACCUCAGUUGAUCUUAUCACAACUGGAGAUUUCAUGUCCAGAUUCUGUUCAAAUCUUGGACUACCCAACAUGGUACAAAGGGCUGCUACACAUAUUGCCAGAAAAGCUGUGGAACUUGACAUAGUGCCUGGUAGAUCGCCGAUAUCAGUUGCUGCAGCUGCUAUUUAUAUGGCCUCUCAAGCUUCUGAAGAUAAAAGAAGCCAGAAGGAAAUUGGGGAUAUUGCUGGUGUUGCUGAUGUGACUAUAAGGCAAUCUUAUAAGUUGAUGUAUCCGCAUGCAGCCAGUCUUUUCCCACCAGAUUUCAAGUUCGCAACACCAAUUGAACAAUUACCUCAAAUGUAA